AGGUGAGGCAGCCGGGAGAAUCAUAAGACUGUCUGCAGAGAUUUGAAAAAUGGCAACAAAUGAAAGUGCCAGCAUCUUUAGUUCAGCAUCCUUGGCUGUGGAGUAUGUAGAUUCACUUUUACCUGAGAAUCCUCUGCAAGAACCAUUUAAAAAUGCUUGGAACUAUAUGUUGGAUAAUUAUACAAAGUUCCAGAUUGCAACAUGGGGAUCCCUGAUAGUUCAUGAGGCUCUUUAUUUCUUGAUCUGUUUACCUGGAUUUUUGUUUCAAUUUAUACCUUUCAUGAAAAAGUACAAAAUUCAAAAGGAUAAACCAGAAACAUGGGAAAACCAAUGGAAAUGUUUUAAAGUACUUCUCUUUAAUCACUUUUUUAUCCAGCUUCCUUUGAUUUGUGGAACUUAUUAUUUUACAGAAUAUUUCAAUAUUCCUUAUGAUUGGGAAAGAAUGCCAAGAUGGUGUAUGCUUAUGGCAAGAUGCCUUGGCUGUGCAGUGAUUGAGGACACCUGGCACUAUUUCCUGCAUAGGCUCUUACACCACAAAAGAAUAUAUAAAUAUAUUCAUAAAAUUCAUCACGAAUUUCAGGCUCCAUUUGGAAUGGAAGCUGAAUAUGCACAUCCUCUGGAAACCCUAAUUCUUGGAACUGGAUUUUUUAUUGGAAUCAUGCUUUUAUGUGAUCAUGUAAUUCUUCUUUGGGCCUGGGUGACCAUUCGAUUGAUAGAAACUAUUGAUGUCCAUAGUGGUUAUGAUAUUCCUCUCAACCCUUUAAAUCUCAUCCCUUUCUAUGCUGGUUCUCGGCAUCAUGAUUUCCACCACAUGAACUUCAUCGGAAACUAUGCUUCAACGUUUACAUGGUGGGAUAGAAUUUUUGGAACAGACUCUCAAUAUGUUGCCUACUAUGAAAAGAUGAAGAAGGCUGAGAAAAAGGCUGAAUAAAUAUCUCAUAUGAACCUUCCUGAAGAUGCACAUGUUCCUGAAUUAAGGCUAGUAGCUAACAUUGCUUCUAGGGAGCAGAAAUAAACAUGUGUCUUGGCUGCUAAGUGAUAAAAAGAACAUUAACAACCUUUAAUUAUCUUCCUAGUGGGAACUUUUUCUACUUUACAUACAAGUUCUGUACAUGUAGAAAUAAGUAACUAUAUAUUUAAGGACAAUUUUUAUGAGGAAGUUUUAAAGGCCAUGUUGCUAACCUUACAAAAAGGUUUUAAGUAAUGGAAGAAGUAUUAAUCUCUAUCUUUUCCCCCAGUAAUAAUUGAAAUUGGUCUUUAAAUCUUUUAAAUAUAUAGUGGCCGUUUCAGAAACUCUUAAUAGUAAUGUUGGCCUUAUAUUGAACUUUAAACAUUUUUUAGAAUUUUCCUAAACAUCAAAAUAUCAUGGGUUGAACCACAUCGGUUAAUACAGUGUGAAUGAGGCUGCUGAAAGGAAUAGCCAGCAGCAAGAAUUUCCACUCUUGUCUGGAGCUGACCAUCUUGGGGUGAUUUUCUUUGAGAAGUCCUUUUUGAUUGCAGUGUACUACUGGUAUCUUAAUUAAUUAGAAAUUAAGGCAUUUCUGAAUUGACAUAAGUGGAAUGUUUUAGUCUAAAGGUUUUCACGUUACUUGAAUAUUUUUAAAAAUUGAGCUUUAUUUCUGCUAUUUACCCUUUCAUUUUUGUAUAUCAAGUUCUCAUUAUACUUAAAACUGUAUCUUGAAACUUUGUGAACCGAUUUGCUGUAUUUGCACUUUGAGCUAUUGAAAUAAAUGUGAUUUUUUUGGUCUGAU